AUGUGGCUGAGACGUGCACGUGACAAGCGGUGCACGGCCACAGGCGAGGGAGUUGGAAAUGGACAUUUCUGCGUACAAAUGUAUGUUAACGAUGACAAUGUCACUCUGCGACUUUCCCAUCUCCCUCUCAUCAAUGCUAGUAAGGGUGGCUACAUUCCUAUGGAGCUUGCAUUCGUCGAGAGCAUGCAGCGCUACCCUUUCAAGCUCAACACAGACCAGACAACUCUGUAUUGA